UUGUAAAAUUUGAAAUUUGACAGCGAGCUGUCAUAUAUUUUAGUUUUGGAAAAAUGAGCCAAUAUUUAAAAUAGGUUUAAUAAAAUUUUAGAAUUAACUCAUUUGUAUUCAACUGAGAUUUGUUAACUCAUCUAAAUUCACGGGUAGAUGUAAACGUAUCUAUGAGAUACCAGCGGUAGACUGUUCAUUUUAAUGUUCAUCUUUUAAAUUUUUUUUGCUAUUGUUUAAUAUAAUUGAAGUUAGAGAAUCAGUUGUACGAUUUAUUUUAAGUACAGAUCAAUGUUAUUAGUCUAUAUUUGUAACUAGAUUAAUGUUAACCAAUUGAAAAAUAAAUUCAAACUUUACCAAUAAUAAUUUAAUAGACGUGUAAUGUGAACUAAAACAGAACACGUGCGAUAGUACAAAUUUCUUAUUGAUUUACAUUUACAAAGUAACACAAAUCUAUUCCUAUUCUCAAAGAUAAAAAAAACUUUACCUUUUCUUAAGCACUAAAGUAAACUUUAUCUCAAAUCAAAUUUAAGAUAUUAAUUAAUAACAAUAAAAUUAAACAAGACAAACCCCUCCACAAACAUUGGUCCCCUUACUAUCUCAUUACUUUUUUCCUUUCCCUCUCCUCUCUCUUGCCUUUUCACACUCAAAAUCUCCACUUCUUUUCCCAUCUUUUCUGCUAAAAACCCAAAACAACUCAACAUUAUUGCUAUUCCCCUUCACUUUUUCAACAUGAAUUAGGGUUUCACUUUCACCAUUUACCCCCAUUGUUACUAUCUCCACCUCCACAACAACUUCUUCUCCAUCUUCUUCACCAAAAUGACUAAACACUUUCUGUUACUAUCUCUCAUUCUUCACCUUCUAUCUGCAUCUCUUUCAGUCUCAGCUGCACCAUCUACAUCUUCACCUGCAAAACUUUUUUCUGGGCUUAUCUCCAAUGCUGUCCCUGCUUUUACCAAAUGGGUUUGGUCUCUUAAAGCCACCACCAAACCUGGGGUUUUGAGCAAGUCAAUGAUGAAAUUUGAGAGUGGUUAUAAUGUGGAGACUGUGUUUGAUGGAAGCAAACUUGGAAUUGAGCCUUAUGCUGUUGAGGUUUUGCAUAAUGGGGAGCUUCUCAUUCUUGAUUCUGCUAAUAGUAACCUUUAUAGAAUCUCCUCAUCACUGUCCUUGUAUAGCAGACCAAAGCUGGUGGCUGGAUCUGCUGAAGGAUACUCUGGGCAUGUUGAUGGGAGGCUCAGGGAGGCUCGCAUGAACCACCCGAAAGGGAUAACUAUUGAUGACCGAGGAAAUAUUUAUGUUGCAGAUACUACAAAUAUGGCAAUUAGGAAAAUUAGUGAUUCAGGGGUCACAACAAUUGCUGGAGGCAAAUGGAGCCGAGGAGGGGGACAUGUCGAUGGACCAAGUGAAGAAGCUAAAUUUUCUGACGACUUUGAUGUGGUUUAUGUUGGAAGUAGUUGUUCCCUACUUGUUGUAGACAGAGGAAACCAAGCCAUCAGGGAGAUCCCACUCCACUUUGAUGAUUGUGCGUAUAGAUAUGGAAGUGAUUUCCCUCUUGGAAUUGCAAUGCUUGUUGGGGCUGGCUUCUUUGGCUAUAUGCUGGCACUGCUGCAGCGUAGGCUCGGUACAAUUGUAGAAUCUCAGGAUGCUCAGGUUCCGGUAACAGUAAUGUCGUCUGUUUCUCCAAGUAUGUAUCAAAAGCCCUUGAAAUCCGUCCGGCCUCCUUUAAUUCCGUCAGAAUAUGAACCCGAAAAGCAGGAAGAGGGUUUCUUUGGAUCUCUUGGGAAGCUUCUUUCCAAUGCCGGUGUGUCAAUGGUGGAGAUAAUGGGAGGAUUAUUUCCUGUUUUCAGAAGAAGACCACAGAGAUCCCAAUACCAUAGGGAAACGCUGAUCCAACAACCUCAGAAGCUAGUGAAUGAUUGGCCAGCACAAGAAAGUUUCGUGAUUCCUCGCGAAGAUGAACCACCGUCUAUUGACACAAGGGCCGCAACGCCUCAAAAAACCUAUCCUUUCAUGUCAAAAGACGCAGAAAAACUUCAACAAUUGCGGCAAAGCAAAGCAUUCUAUAGCGGGUGGGUUGGAGAUCAACAUCAGCCUCAGCAACAACAGCAACAACAGCAACAACAGCAACAACAACAAAAAUAUCAUCACCGCCAUCAGUACCAAUCAUCGGCCCCUCACACUUUCUACGAGCAGAGUAACGAGACAACAAACGAGGUAGUUUUCGGAGCCGUGCAGGAACAAGAGGGCAAGAAGGAAUCUGUGGUCAUCACUCCUGUCGAAUACGGAGGCUCAUUGUACGAACAUCGCAAUAUUCGACCUCGAAUGAAUUCCAUGGGUUAUACUUACACUCAUAACUACUAAGUAUAUAUAGCUAGGAAGUUUAGAACAAAAAUGAAGAUUCAAUCCAUCUUAGAUUAUAAUAUGAAUUGCUUAUUCAGUUUUGCCAAAUGUAGAUUUAUCUGUUGUGUAGUUUAAGCAUGUUAUAAAACUAUCAUCAUUUUCGAUUCGGCGCGCGAAUGACUAAUUACGAUAUCUCAAAUAAAGCAAUCAGAAAGAUGUAAGUAGUAUGCAUAUAACUUUCUCAAUGUUCUUUAAUGAACAAAUUUUUCAACUAUAGUAUAGUUUAUUUCACUACAA